AUGCUUGACGGUGUAGCUGAGGAUGUAGUUGGCGACGUAGUUGGCGAUGUGCUUGACGAUAUGCUUGACGGUGCGCUUGGCUCUACGGUUGACAACGUAGCUGAUGAUAUGGCUGAAGAUGUGCUUGUCGAUAUGGUUGAUGCCGUAGUUGAUGCCGUGGCUGACGAUGCGCUAGACGAUGCAGUUGAUGCCGUGAUUGGUGUAGCUGAUGAUAUGCUUGACGGUGUGCUCGACGAUGUGCUUGGCUCUGUGGUUGAUGUAGCUGACGAUGUAGCUGAUGAUAUGGCCGACGAUGCGCUUGAUAAUGCGCUAGACGAUGCACUUGAUGCCGUGACGGAUGUAGCUGACGACGUAGCAGACGACGUAGCUGACGACGUAGCAGACGACGUAGCUGACGACGUAGCUGAUGAUAUGCUUGAUGUCGUGGCUGACGCUGCAGUUGACAAUGUAGUCGACGACGUGGUUGAAGACGUACCAGAAGCUGCAGUAGAGGAUAAACGCAUCGAGCUAGAAACAGACGCAGACGUUGUAGAGGACGCGGCCAACGAUGUAGACGACUCGAAACUAGAGGAUAAAGUAACCCUGACGUCCUGUGUUGUCGUCGACUGA